GUUUCUGGCGUCUUGGUCUGUCCUGCAUCUUCCUCGUCCCGGCGCGUGGAGGUUGUGAUUUCGGCGAUGAGUUCCCAGAGAGGGAACGUGGCCCGUUCCAGGCCGCAGAGGCAUCAAAAUACGUUUAGCUUCAAAAAUGACAAGUUUGAUAAGAGUGUUCAGACCAAGAAAAUUAAUACAAAACUUCAUGAUGGAGUAUGUCAGCGCUGUAAAGAAGUUCUUGAAUGGCGUGUAAAAUACAGCAAAUACAAACCAUUGUCAAAGCCUAAAAAAUGUGUUAAAUGUUUACAAAAGACAGUAAAGGACUCUUACCACAUAAUGUGUAGACCAUGUGCCUGUGAACUCGAAGUUUGUGCAAAAUGUGGAAAGAAAGAAGACAUUGUUACUCCGUUUAAUAAAGAGACAGAAAAGACAGAAAACACUGAAAAUAACCCACAUUCCAACUGUAGAAGAAGCCUCAGAAGAAAAGAAGAAGAAAAUGAUGAUUUAGAUUUUGAUAUUGAUUUAGAUGACUCAGAAGAAGAGGGCAAUCAAAUAGAUUAAUAUAUUAAAAGUCAGUGUGAAAACAUGAAAUUCUGAACAACUUUUGACUUUGAGGGUUUUACAAAAAAAUUCUGUGAAAUCCUAUAAAGAAUUUGAAAUAACCUAUAGAAAAUGACAACAUUUUUACAUAGAGAAUAUAAAUUGUGUAUAUUUGAACAAUUAUAAAAUUUAUACAGAGUUUUCUUACAGUAAAUUUUUAAGUAGCAUAUGCUAGAAUAUUGGCCAAAAUGAGCAUUGAGGUAUCAUAAUGCAGUUCAUGGGAAUUAUUUAGAAUAUACUACCUAAUAUCAAAGUAAACAAGAUUCAGAAUUGAUGGUUUUGUAAGAAAUAUCUCAUGGAAAAAAUCAGGUGACAUUAUUGCUAGUCUCAAAAAUUGAUCCUCAGUAUGUACCUUUUGAUAAAUUUAUCUCAAGUAAAUGACCCACAUUAACAAAAGCCCCCUUACUUAAUGUUUGGCUGCUUUAUAAAGCAAAAAGUUAAUUUUUUUAAUAAUAAUGUUUAACAAAGUAUAUAGCAGUUUUUAAAAAAUUAUUUUUA